UUCGAGAACAUACAAACUAGAUAGUUUCCAGAGGGCUCGUCACCAGCAAUUGUUCCUCUACAUUUGUGUAACCUAAACAACUGCAAUCUGGUUCUUUUAGGACUCAAAUACUCCGAUAUUCGGUCCCACCUUUGUCUCCCAGCUUCUCCCCCAACUUUCCGUCUUGUUCGAGCCUCGAGUUCUACAACUUCCGUUUCGCCCUGGAUUCCUCUCGAUAGUUACUCCAAGCCACACAGCGCACGAUGGAGGACGUCUCUAUGAAAGAGGACAUUGCGCUCGAGACGCCACCGUCUACUAUAUUCAUCCCUCCCUCGGUCGACCAGAACGCUACCCUUGCUGGAGAUUCAUACACCUACUACUCCCCCAUCCCCCCGAGUCUCCUCCCGACUGCUUCCUCCUCUUCGUCAUCGCAACCAGACAACGCGGCUACAGUAAGACCCGAAACCACAGCCUCUCCAGACUCCCCUCUGGUCUUCCUAGGCAUCGACGAAGCAGGCCGAGGACCGGUCCUAGGACCCAUGGUCUACUCCGCAUUCUACGUCCCCGUCCCCCUCUCCGACCCUCUCCUCCGCCAAACCCACCGCUUCGACGACUCCAAAGCCCUCACGCCCGCCGCCCGAAUAAACCUCAUGCGCAUCCUCUGCGACCCGACCUCCGACCUCGCCACCUCCUGCGGCUUUGCCAUCCGCGCCCUCUCCGCCCGCGACAUCGCCGCCGGCAUGCUCUCCACCGCCAACCCCUACAACCUGAACGCCCAGGCCUUCGACGCCACCGUCGAGAUCAUCCGCGGCGUCAUAGCCCGCGGCGUCCGCGUCGAGGAGAUCUUCGUCGACACCGUCGGCCAGCCCGCCGCGUACCAGGCCAAGCUGCAGCGCGUGUUCCCGGGCGUCAAGAUCACCGUGGCCAAGAAGGCCGACAGCCUCUACCCUUGCGUCUCGGCGGCGUCCGUCUGCGCCAAGGUCACCAGGGAUGCGGCGCUCGAGGUGCUGUACCGAGCCCACCGGGCCGCAACAAUGGGCGAGGAGCGCGGUGGAACGGAAGCGGAGGACGGAGACGAGGCCAUGGCGUGGGGGUCGGGUUAUCCUUCCGAUGCGAGGUGCGUGACGUGGCUGAAAAACAACAUGCACCCCAUCUUUGGAUGGGGCCCCGAGUGCAGGUUCAGCUGGGGGACGGCCAAGGACAUGGUGGAGGGGAAGAAUGGCGUCAAGGUCGAGUGGCCGGUGGAAGAUGACGGUGAGACCAACCGCAUGACGGAUUACUUUGUCUCGUCGGAUCGGGGAAUGGAGUCGGAUGAGCUGGGGGCAUGGUUUGGGAGGCCAGCCGGUGUGGAAGCGUUCUAACAUAAUUGGGCCCGCGGUGAAGAAGAUCAACCUUAAGAGGAAGCAUAAUGGCGGUGGGUAUUCGUCGUGGAAAUGCAUUUACGGCGGCACCACGGUCGCCAUCCUUUGUUGUAUAAUAAUGACAUCGAUCAAAGCAUACAAUGUAUAAGGUAGAAGAAAACAAUAAAACAACAAAUAAGGCACGCCUGACCA